AUGGACUGGUGGGUAAGCGUGAGCGACGCAUCCCUGCCUUCAUGGCAGGGCCCCGUGGGGGUCAAGGAAGACGGAGGUGGCUGUGUCCGUGGCUGCGGACGGGUGGGCGGCAUGCGGGUACACAGGGCGGUCUGCAACCGCAACGCCGCACUUGUGGAGCGCUUAGUGGUGGGUGAGGGCGCCGACGUCAACGAGGUGGAAGCCGCCGGCAACACUCCGCUGCACAACGCGGCGUUCGAGGGCUGGGAGGAGGGUGUGGCGCUGCUGCUGCGGCUGGGAGCUAAGGUGAACGCCUCCAACAACGCGGGCGACCGGCCUUGGCACUGGGCCCGCAAUAUGGGCCAAACAGCCGUCAUGGAGCUCCUAGAGCGACACGGCGCCGCCAAGGAGCGUGGAAAAGUGCUGGUACAGGAGCACGUACCGAAAGUCAAGGACUUCUUCUCCAAGGCCUGCUGGUCGCACCACCCCAAGCCCUAUUCCGACUUCAUCGCCUUCAAGAAGAGCGAGGCUGCGGCACUGGAGGCCGAGCGCAAACGAGCCAUUCGCGUGUAG